AUGUACCACGGUGGUCAAAUCUGUGGUAACUGUUAUGCUUCUGGCAAUGUAGCUUGGUUUGAUUAUUGUGACAAGGAUAGAAUGUCAAAAGCUGAUAUUGUGCCUAACAGAGGAGUUGUGAUUGAGGAGCUUGAUGACAAUUAUGGGGCUAUUGUUCCUGUUGGUGGGAAACGCAAACAAUGGAGGCAACAAAAAAAAAGUGUGGUGAUAGAAGAGCUCAAUGAAUACCCAAAUGGGGAACAAAGUGGUGGGGGUACGCAAAAGCCAAGGGAAUCUUGUGCAAGACAAGGUGUUUCUGAAAAAGGCAAAGAAAAAGCAGUAGAGAGGGAAUCUUCUGCAGUGCAAGAAGACAAAGAAAAAGUUGUUGAGAGGGAAUCUUCUGCCACUGUAGACAAAGGGAAAAGUAAAGUCAGUUCUGUUUUUGGGAAAAGAAGGGCAAGAGCUUUUUGCAAAAGGAGGUGCAAAUAUGUAAAAAAGACACAUGAUAAAGAAGACCAAAGGUCCAAUACAGUGACUGAGGGACUAGUUGAGAAAGAGGUUGUUGAAGGAAGUGUAGAAAAGAUCAAGUUAUCAAGAUGUCAUCUAAUGAAGACAAGAAAAGCAAGAAAAAUGACCACAUUCUGUGAUGAUAAGGAGGAGUCAGCAGACAGUCUUGACUCUAAUUUUGCAGACCCUAACUUUAGUUGUGAUGAUAAUGAUGAUGAUGUCGAUUUUGAUGAAUGGGUAGACAAACAAACUAAGUGGGUUGGAGAUGGGGCAAAAGGAAAAGAGUCAAUGUCAACAAAUGCUGGGUUUGAAUCUUGGGAUUGGGGUGCAGAUGUUGAACUGGAUUUAGAGGAGUAUGAUUCUGAUAAUGUGCAGCCUAAAUAUGACUCUGAUGAUGACACUCCAAUGACGGAUAAAUGGCCAGAGUUCAAUAUGGCAACUAACAUGGCAGAUCCACAGUUUGAGGUUGGGAUGAAGUUCAUUGAUUGUAAAGUUUUUAGAUUGGCUGUCAAAGAACAAUUUAUAAAAAGAAAUAAGGAUGUUGUAUUUGUGAGAAGUGAGGCUUUCAAGCUAAAUGUAGUUUGUGCAUAUCCAGAUUGCCCAUGGGAGAUAUAUGCUUUCAAAAUGCAGCAUGAGAAGACCCUGCAGAGCAAUCCAAGUUGGCCAGUUAGCUCAUUCAUGGAGAUGGUGGAGAAGGAUUAUAACACUGGAGUUUCUAGGCAACAAGUUUAUAGGGCAAAAGAGAGGGCAUUUAGGCAAAUUGAGGGAAUAUACACAGAACAAUACUCCAUAAUUUGGGAUUAUUGUAAAGAGUUAAGGAAGACCAAUCCAGGAACAACAACCAAAGUUCAAUGUGAUUUCAAUGAACAAUUAGGUCAUCCAGUGUUUCAAAGGUUAUAUGUGUGUCUAGGUGCAUGUAAAGCAGGGUUCAUUGUUGGAUGUAGACCCAUUAUUGGAUUGGAUGGCUACUUCUUGAAGGGUGUAUAUGGAGGGCACUUUUUAGCAGCAAUUGGUAUAUAUGCUAAUAAUGAAACAUGGGUGAUUGUGUAUGCAGUGGUUGAGUUUGAGUGCAAGGACUCAUGGGUUUGGUUUCUGGAAUUGCUGAUGGAAGAGCUGAAAAACCUUGAUAAGGAUGCUUAUGCUUGGCUGACUAAACCAGAAAAACCUCCCAGGCAUUGGUCUCGAUCACACUUCAGCACUCACGUGAAGUGUGAUAUGCUUUUAAACAGCAGAAGGGACAAAAUGAAGAAUUGGAUAAAGGAAAUUUUCCCCAAGAUUUUUAAGAAGGUAGAGAUUAAUAAAGCAAAAGCAGGUGGUUGUGUGACUAUGUGGUCAAGUGGAGGAAAAUUUCAAGUUGGCAGUGGUGGGAUUUCACAGUAUAUUGUGGACUUGGAUUUGAGGACCUGUUCCUGCAAAGAAUGGGAUUUGACUGGUUGGCCUUAUGUUCAUGGAGUGUUGUGGGAUAGAACUAAUAUGCCACCAUGUGUGCCUCAUUCAUACUCCAAACAACCUGAAAGGCCAAGAAAUGCUAGAAGGAAGGAAGCAGGUGAAUGCAGCAAGAAGGCCAAUGUUGUUACAAAAGUUCAAGACUCACUGAAUUUAUUAUUUGUUUCCUCAUCCCAGCAAACUACUCAAACAAGUGAAGUUGGUCCUAGUACAAAAACAAGGCGAGCUAAGCCUACAAGAUCUGUGCAUAAAGGAAAAUGGAAGAGAAAGGCCACCAUUGUAGCUGGAAGUUCAAAUGCACCGCCAACUAAUUUAGCUGCUCCAUCCUCAACAUCUACCCAUCCUGCAAGUGGAUCUACCUCUCUUGCAACUGGAUAUGCCCUUCCUACAUCAACUGAAGCUUCAAUUGCAAUUCUUAUUUAUUGA